AUGACUAGACACCAUCGACACCUGACUAGACACCAGCGCAUACAUACAGGAGAGAAGCCUUAUAGCUGUGAUCAGUGUGGGAAGAGCUUUGCUCAAGAUUUCACCCUGACUGAACACCAACGCAUACACACAGGAGAGAAGCCUUAUAGCUGUGAUCAGUGUGGGAAGAGCUUUGCUCGAGAUUCCACCCUGACUGCACACCAACGCAUACACACAGGAGAGAAGCCUUAUAGCUGUGAUCAGUGUGGGAAGAGCUUCAAUAAUUCAGGACAACUGACUGCACACCAACGAAUACACACAGGAGAGAAGCCUUUUAGCUGUGAUCAGUGUGAGAAGAGCUUCAGUCAUUCAGGAUCCCUGACUAGACACCAGCACAUACACACAGGAGAGAAACCUUUUAGCUGUGAUCAGUGUGGGAAGAGCUUCAAUAAUUCAGGACACCUGACUAGACACCAGCGCAUACACACAGGAGAGAAGCCUUAUAGCUGUGAUCAGUGUGGGAAGAGCUUUACUCAAGAUUCCACCCUGACUGAACACCAACGCAUACACACAGGAGAGAAGCCUUAUAGCUGUGAUCAGUGUGGGAAGAGCUUUGCUCGAGAUUUUACCCUGACUGCACACCAACGCAUACACACAGGAGAGAAGCCUUAUAGCUGUGAUCUUUGUGGGAAGAGCUUUGCUCUAGAUUCCACCCUGACUAGACACCAACGCAUACACACAGGAGAGAAGUCUUAUAGCUGUGAUCAGUGUGGGAAGAGCUUCAAUCAGUCAGGACACCUGACUACACACCAACGCAUACACACAGGAGAGAAGCCUUAUAGCUGUGAUCAGUGUGGGAAGAGCUUCAAUCGUUCAGGACACCUGACUACACACCAACGCAUACACACAGGAGAGAAGCCUUAUAGCUGUGAUCAGUGUGGGAAGAGCUUCAAUCAUUCAGGAUCCCUGAUUACACACCAACGUAUACACACAGGAGAGAAGCCUUAUAGCUGUGAUCAGUGUGGGAAGAGCUUCAAUCAUUCAGGAUCCCUGAUUACACACCAGCGCAUACACACAGGAGAGAAGCCUUAUAGCUGUGAUCAGUGUGGGAAGAGCUUCAAUCAUUCAGGAUCCCUGAUUACACACCAGCGCAUACACACAGGAGAGAAGCCUUAUAGCUGUGAUCAGUGUGGGAAGAGCUUCAAUCAAUCAGGAGCCCUGAUUACACACCAGCGCAUACACACAGGAGAGAAGCCUUAUAGCUGUGAUCAGUGUGGGAAGAGCUUCAAUCAUUCAGGAUCCCUGAUUACACACCAGCGCAUACACACAGGAGAGAAACCGUAUAGAUGUGAUCUGUGUGGGAAGAGCUUCAAUCAAUCAGGAGCCCUGAUUAAACACCAGCUCACACACACUGUAGAGAAACCUUAGAGCUUUGCUCAUUCAGGGUCUCUGAAAAAACACCAGAAAGCUCAAACCUGUAUUAUUUUUUCUCCCUCCUCUCCGGCACCGAGUCCAUAUCCCUAAAUAAAGUUGAAAUACAUUACUCUUUACAAUAUUUUUUUUAUCUCCCAUUCUCAAACUGUUUACUAGGUCUGAUUACCAUGGUACCCUGUUUAGCAUAAUAUGCAGUUCUGGAUCCAUAUGUAUCAACUGUGUUGGAGUAGGAGUGCUGAUCUAGGACCAGGUCCAUUGUCCAGUUUUUGUCAUGCAUUUUGAUCUAAAUGGCUAAAAGUCAUCAUAGAAAAUGUCAUAGUGAACCAUUUGUGUGUAGAGGGAGAUGUUGAGGUGGGUGGGGGUGUUCAGGGCUGUAUCUUAUUUAAUUAACUCCUAUUAUCCAUUAAAUAAUUGUAUAAUGUAGGAUAAUGUUUCAACAAUACUAGGUAUGUAUUGUGGGGUGGAAAUCAGAAUUAGCUAAGUAAUAUUGACAUAAUUAAGGUUGUCUCCUUUGCAGAAUAUGCUUACAUGUUGGUGUUGGUGGCUGCUCUUCCUCCCUCAUAUGGGCCUGUGGUUAGGCGGGGGUGAAAGUAUCUGCUUUCACAUCCUCCUCAGACGCCACUCACAGUCUAUUUGACCUCAGUCAACUGGGGCCCAGAGAGGGGAGAAGUCUGGCUUGUCUAUCACAUGUCCCUGUUGCUAUGCAGAAUAUCAGAAAGACAAUAGGCCAAAGGUCAGAAGGAGACAUUGUUUCCAUAUGUGAAUAUGUGUCUUUACCUAUUGCAAACCAUGUAAAGGGAUGGUGUGAGUAAUGGGAAUCAAUCACUUGUCUCCACAAUGUCUGUGCGUCAGUCACUCCCUCCUUGGGCCUUGGGGAGAUUGUUCUUUCCCCUGGUUCCCUUUUAGCAAGGUGGAGACUAAGUAACAACAAAUGUCCUUUUAAGUUCUCAGUACUGAACAAAAUAACAAGUUCUUUGUAUUUGGGGCCAAGGUCUGGCACAGGAUGUGUGGGGUUAGUGUUUGGAACCAUUGUACGUCAUCUCUGAGGUUGCACCUAUCCUGAGCUAGUAUAUAACCCAGAGGCUCACUCCACUCAGUGGGCUCUCACUCUGUUCACUUUGUGUGUGUAUUGUGACUUGCUCCUUUAUUGAUACGUUUUUAAUAAAGUAAUAAUCCUGACUGGUGA